AUGUCGGCGCCAGUGAUAUACGAUUCAGAUAUUUCGGAACACCUCCAGCUUUCAAAUUUCAAGGGCAAGUUCGAUGUCACUGACUUUGUGGGCGUUGUAUCCGAGAAACUGAUAGUACAAUCGAAGGCCGACAACGGACCUUUCGAUCCACGACCAUUCAUCCAAUCAUUUGAAGCAGCCGUGGACAGGCUCAUCGCUGUUCGUAAAGAUGUGCAGACUAAGACGGAACAGAUGGAGAAGAGUGUGCGGGUUGCAGAGCGAGAGUAUUCAAAGAAGAUGGCGGAAUUGACGCAAGGGUUUGAGACCGUCGCGAACUCAUUCUCUGGAAUGGAAAGUCGAAUGAACGAAGUCAGCAGUACAGCUGUUCGCAUUGGCGACCAACUUGAAACUGUGCACCUCGAGCGCCAAAGAGCUCAAGCAGCAUGCGACCUCAUCGAUUUCUACAAUCAAUUCAUGAAAAAUGACACCUCCAAGCUAGAUGCUAUGCGAAAGGAAGGCCGAUCAGGAAGGCGUCAAGUUGCUGUGAUCCUGCGGCGUCUCAAUACAGUGGGGAAGGAGGUUGAUCUCCCAACUGCGGAUAAGACCCGGGAAAAUAUCGAGAAAUAUUGCGAAAAAUUUGAAAAAGAAAUGUUGAACCUAUUCGAUCGUUGUUAUCGCAAAGGUGACCCAAAGAUGAUGCACCAUUGUGCCCAAACACUUCUCGAAUUCAACGGUGGCGCAUCUUGCGUUCAAGUUUAUGUUAACCAACACGACUUCUUUAUCAACAAUGUUCGCGAUGCUCGACCGAUUGACGACACACUAUUAUGGGAUGUUAUUGCUGACCCAACUACAAGUCCGCCCAAGAGUGAGGCAGGCCUCACAGAAUUAUUCGGUGAAAUUCGUUCGACAGUGGAUACAGAAACCCAGAUCGUGAAGGCGGUAUUCCCAAAUCCUUCGGUAGUGAUGCAAGUAUUCUUGCAGCGUGUUUUUGCUCAGUCCAUCCAACAACAUAUGGAACAGCUCCUUCAUAAAGGCUCGGACAUUUCAGACCUCGCUUAUCUACGUCUUUUGCAGAUGGUUCACAUCCAAGCAUCUUCUCUUGUGGAAGAUUUGAAAGCACAUGAACUUCCCCAUGUUCUGCCCAGAACACCAUACGAAGCGACGGAAUUUCGUCGAUCGAUAACGGGAUCUAUGCCCACCACAGCUUCGACGUCUGCUGCUAUAAGCACCAUGCUUGAAACUGCAAUGGAAGAACUAUUCAUUCCCUACACGGAAGGUCAAAGAUAUCUGGAGCGUGAAAGCAAGAGUCUUGCGUCUCUUUACAUCAAUCUUCUGGCUAAUUUCACUCGAUAUCAUUUCAAACAGAGAGCACAAAAAGCCAAGUCUUCUAUGUUCGAUCGGAUGGUCAACCAAAUUAGCGCAGCUACAGCUACAACGGCCAAUAGCGGGGGUUCGACUUCAGCGCAGGCCGCUAGUGCACUUAUGAGGUUGGGGGUCAUUAACUCUGACAGAGGUCCGGAUAAAGCUGGGGAGGAUCCAGCACGGGAGGAAGAUGGUAUUUUGACGGUAGAAACGGCUGAGACGAUGCUGAAAUGGCACGCUGAAGCCAUUGGCCGAUGUGUAGAACUGAGUCCUGCCAAUGACGUCCCAAAGAGUACCUUUGCCCUGUUCCGCGUCCUGGCAGAAGCUAUUGGAACGUCAUAUGUGGAAGCCGCCCUUGACACUACACAAGUUCGUCUGGACGCGGCUGAUAGUAAAAGUGAACCGACAUUGCAGCCAUUAACUAUCAUCAGAUCAAUUGACCUAAUUUGCCAUCUUUGGCAGCAAUAUGUCAAUAUUGCAUUACUACCGCUGGCCAGUUCCUCGGUAACCAUUAGACGAGAACUGGUCGUUUUCAACAAUCAAACCAUCAACCGCCUUGAAAGCGGAGCCAACAGUCUUCUUCAGCGUGUCACAGACACUAUAGUGUCGUGGCUGUCAUUACAGCUCACAAAGCAAAAGAAGAACGAUUUCAAACCUCGCAACGAUGAUUUGUCCUUUGCCAGGGUAAACACGGAGCCUUGUAUUGCAUGUUGUGAAACAUUGGAGAAGGUCCGCGAUGCUGCAAAUCAGAACCUGAGUGGAAAGAAUUUGGAAGUUUUCCUCACCGAAGUCGGGGUGGCUUUCCAUAGCCUGCUGCUAGAGCAUUUGCGAAAGUUUCCCGUAAGCGCGACAGGUGGACUCAUGCUUGCAAAAGACAUCAAAUCAUAUCAAGACAUAAUCGGCACCUUUGGCAUUCCGGUUCUUCAAGAACGAUUUGAAUUUGUCAGGCAACUGGGCAACAUCUUUCUGGUCCGCCCAGAAAUUCUCAAAUCCUACAUAACCGAAAAUUAUCUGGGGAGGAUAGAUUCCUCUCUUUUGAAACCGUAUCUAGCCCUGCGAAGCGACUGGGGCCAGUUUGAAAAAGGGUUCAAUGAUUUAGACGCUGCCCCCAGUGACAUCGGCAGUGCUGGGACAGCAUUGAAGGAUCGAUUUGGUCGACUAAGUGUGAUGAUGAAGGAGUUGGAGAGUUUGAAAAUGGAGGGUAUUUCAAUACCAUCCAGCUUCACAGGGGGUUUCUCCAUGUCCAUGUCAACAAGAGCAUUUGGAGGUUCUUCAUGAUGUGUUUAUUGUUUAAACAUAAAUUAUUUGCUUUCUUCUCUUGGAUGUAUUAUUUAUUCCCCUCUAAAUACAGGCUUGCGUUUCUCUCUAAAA